ACGGGUAGGGCCAGGGCGGCCUCUGCGGCGGAAGACUGGCUGGUAGCUUCUCCCUCUUCGGGGUGUCAGCUUUUAUUGGCGCCCGGGGGCGGGGGAGGGGGGAUCGGCGGACGCGGACAGCCUCUGACCCUCGGAGCUGGUAUGAGAUAAGCAGCCCUGGCGGUGCCAUGUACUGGAAAAGCGAUCAGAGGUUUGUGUGUAAACUAGAAGAAAAGGACGUGCCGGAGCUGGCAGCUCCCCCCGAGAAGCGCCGGGGGCUCAUGUCGGAAGAGUGCGGGCGGACUGCAGCCCUGGCGGCCGGGAGGACUCGCAAAAGCGCCGGGGAAGAGGGCCUGGUGAGCCCCGAGGGAGCGGGGGACGAGGACUCGUGCUCCUCCUCGGCCCCGCUGUCCCCGUCGUCCUCGCCCCGGUCCAUGGCCUCGGGCUCCGUCUGUCCCCCUGGCAAGUGUGUGUGCAACAGCUGCGGCCUGGAGAUCGUGGACAAGUACCUUCUCAAGGUGAAUGACUUGUGCUGGCAUGUUCGGUGUCUCUCCUGCAGUGUCUGCAGAACCUCCUUAGGAAGGCAUACCAGUUGUUAUAUUAAAGACAAGGACAUUUUCUGCAAACUUGAUUAUUUCAGAAGGUAUGGAACUCGCUGCUCUCGCUGUGGGAGGCACAUCCAUUCUACUGACUGGGUCCGGAGGGCCAAGGGCAAUGUCUAUCACUUGGCGUGCUUUGCCUGCUUUUCUUGCAAAAGGCAACUUUCCACGGGAGAGGAGUUUGCUUUGGUGGAAGAGAAAGUCCUGUGCAGAGUGCAUUAUGACUGCAUGCUGGAUAAUUUAAAAAGAGAAGUGGAAAAUGGCAACGGGAUUAGUGUGGAAGGUGCCCUCCUCACAGAGCAAGAUGUUAAUCAUCCAAAACCAGCAAAAAGGGCUCGGACCAGCUUUACGGCAGAUCAGCUCCAGGUGAUGCAGGCACAGUUUGCUCAGGACAACAACCCAGAUGCCCAGACCCUCCAGAAACUGGCAGAAAGGACAGGCUUAAGCAGACGGGUGAUACAGGUGUGGUUUCAGAAUUGUAGAGCACGCCACAAGAAACAUGUCAGUCCCAACCACUCCUCCUCUGCCCCAGUCACAUCUGUCCCACCCUCCAGGCUGUCUCCGCCCAUGUUAGAAGAAAUGGCGUAUUCUGCCUACGUGCCCCAAGAUGGGACGAUGUUAACUGCGCUGCAUAGUUAUAUGGAUGCUCAUUCACCAACAACUCUUGGACUCCAGCCCUUGUUACCCCAUUCAAUGACACAACUGCCAAUAAGUCAUACCUAAUUUCUUUUUCAGGGAUAGAAAUGAUUAAGGAUAUAAACUUGUCAUUUAUUAUGUAUAAAAUACCAUUGAAAAGAUUAAUGUUAAUUUUUAUUUAACACCUAAAGCAUUUCCAACAUCACUUUGCUACCCAGGUAUGUAUCUACAGUUGGCCUGCAAGACACUUUUAUUGAUUUUUUUUUCUUUUCUUUUUUUUUUUUUGGUAAAACUUAUGUUUACAAGAAGAAAACAAGUCAAAACUUUUUUUGUAUUGUCUGGAAAUAGUUCACUCUAGUGUGUAUCUGUUAAUUUAUUUGUCAUCAAAAGAGCACUUUGCCUAAAAGAAAGGACUGACAAGUGUGCAAAAUGUUUACAAUCCUUUGUGAAAUUGUAGUUUAUCAUUAGUUUGUAUCUGUAAGUUAUUGUUAUAAAUAUUACCUGUAUUUUUUUUUUUUUGGUACAUACAACUUUAUACUUUGAGUCUUGUAUCUGUGAAUUUGCAACUGAAAUUUACUUUGCCACCAUUUUCAGAAUGAACUGAAUAAAGCUUCUGUUGUAGCAUGCCACGCAGACACGUUCUUGUGUUUGUGGUUGAUGAAUUACGGCUGUAAAUAACACUAUGGUUU